CUCUCCUUUCUCGAACGCUAUCUCCGCCUGUUUCUCUUUGUCUGAGCUAACCGGAAUCGAAAUUCCAGACACCGAUCUCUGUAAAUCUGUUCAUAUUUUCUCAGGAAGUUAGGGUUUGUGUUUUCAGCCAUGGCUUUGGAAUGGGUAGUUCUCGGAUAUGCUGCCGGUGCGGAGGCGAUCAUGCUUCUCUUACUGACUCUACCGGGCUUGGAUCGGCUCCGGAAGGGUCUCAUCUCUGUCACCAAGAACCUACUGAAACCCUUCCUUUCGGUGGUUCCGUUCUGCUUGUUUCUGCUGAUGGAUAUAUACUGGAAGUACGAGACAAGGCCGAGCUGCGAGGGCCAAUCAUGUACUCCGACGGAGCAUCUCCGCCACCAGAAAUCCAUCAUGAAGAGCCAACGUAAUGCCCUUUUGAUCGCCGCUGCUCUCAUCUUCUACUGGCUUCUCUACUCCGUUACCCAUCUCGUGGUCCGCCUCGAGCAGCUCAACCAACGCGUUGAGAAGUUGAAGAAUCAGGACUAACUGGAGAAAGAUAAGCUUGAUUUUAUUUUAAAAUCUUUCUUCUAUUUCGAAUGGAGUUUGUUGUUGUUGGAUUUUGAUUUGUAUACACGUUUGACAUAUUUACGGAUGUUAAUGGAGAUUUGGUAGGGCAGUCUUAAUU